AUGACUAAGGAGCCAAGGCGAAAUAGGGACUGGUCCGAUCUCCCUCAGGAACUUGUAGAAAAAAUAGCAGAACCUGCAGGCCUAUUCGAGCUUCUGAGUUUAUUUCGUGUCUGCAAUGCUUGGCGCUCUACUUCCACCGCUUUGGCUCAAAUGGUUAAGCAUGAAUUAAACCAAGGACCUUGGUUUCUACUAUAUGAGGAUAAUAAUCCUGAGUGCCAAAUGCUAACUGCAAGUGGUAAGAAGUUCAUCACAAGUCUACCGGAACUGAAUGGAACCACUUGCCUUGCAUCAUACCAUGGAUGGCUUCUUUUGUUCCGACAAGGAGGUACCAUAUUCUUCUUUCACGUCUUCUCGCGCCAGAGAAUAGACCUUCCUGAAUUCCCAGUUCCAGAACUCACUGAUCAUGUUGGAGCAGUAUCAUCGUCUCCAACUUCCCAAGAUUGUGUGGUUUGUGUCAUUAGCUGUAGCGACGAUGAAACCUUGGAUGCCAAGGUACUUCACCUUAGAGACCAGACUUGGAUUGGAUCAGAGUACUCUCAUCCUCGAGCUAAAAAAGACAAAAUCAAAUGUGGUAUUUAUUCCACUACUGGGAAGGGGAUGUUCGGCUUUUUGGAUGGAGUUGAUUUCUUGACCUCGAUCGCCAUAUCUGCUGAAAACCGCUCUCUCAUUUGGAAUUUUCAAUCCAUAACAGCCGCAAAAACUGAGGAAAUUUCCGAUCCAUCACUAUCAAAAAGAAACACUUACCAUCUCUGUCCAGGUGAGUUGGAGAUUAGGUUCAAGGACCUGAAAAACAAGCUGGGGUUGACAGCGGAUGUUACGAUUUCUAGUUGUGGGACAAUUACACCAUGCAGUAUUGGCGGUGGGAAUUACAGGGUUCUUUAUAAUGAGAGCAUCAGCGACAAUUAUAUUGACAAAUCUAAGAACCGUUGUUUCAAAGGGGUAUUGAUCCAACCAAGAUCCUCGAUACAUAGAAGAGAUAUGAAAGCUCAUUCUCGAGGUACUACUGCUACUGAUCGAUCAGAGUGA